AAAAAAAUAUUGGAAAAUGGAAAAAGAAAUAAAAAAUCCCUAAUUCUCUCUCUCUAGAAUUUGUUUGUUUGUUUCUCUUUCUAAAAAGGAAUGGAACCUAACGAAAGCCACCAUCACCACCAACAACAGCAGCACCAGCAGCACCAGCAGCAGCAACAGCAACAUCACCAGCAACGACUCGGUUCCCCUUACUUCCACCACCAACUACAGCACCACCACUAUCCCACCGCCGUAGCUACCUCUACUUCUACCGGAAACGCCGUUCCAUCUUCCAACAAUGGGCUUUUCCCGCCGCAGCCGCAGCCUAAUGAUGGCUCUUCCUCAAUUGCGGUGUACCCUCAUUCAGUUCCCUCCUCCGCCGUGACGGCGCCGAUGGAGCCGUUAAAGAGGAAGAGAGGUCGACCGAGGAAGUAUGUGACCCCUGAACAAGCCCUAGCGGCUAAGAAAAUGGCGUCCUCUGCGAGCAGUUCUGCUAAAGAGAGGAGAGAGCUAGCUGCUAUUGCCGCAGGUACGGCACCGUCUAAAUCCGGGUCAUCCAAGAAAUCGCAGCUUGGUUCUGUCGGGAAAACGGGGCAAAGCUUUAUUCCUCAUAUCGUUAAUAUUGCUCCUGGCGAGGAUGUGGCACAGAAGAUUUUGAUUUUCGCAAACCAAAGCAAGCAUGAACUAUGCGUUCUUUCUGCAUCAGGCACCAUCUCUAAUGCAUCCUUGCGCCAGCCGGCUUCAUCAGGAGGCAACGUAUCAUAUGAGGGUCAGUACGAGAUUCUCUCACUAUCUGGAUCAUAUAUCCGGACCGAACAAGGUGGUAAAACUGGUGGCCUUAGUGCUUCUUUAUCUGGUUCAGAUGGCCAGAUCAUCGGUGGAGCGAUUGGGACCCACCUCACAGCUGCUGGCCCGGUUCAGGUGAUUCUUGGUACGUUUCAGUUUGAUAGAAAGAAGGAUGCUGCCGGGAGUGGUGUGAAAGGGGAUGCUUCAAACAGCGGAAAUCAGUUAACCUCUCCCGCUAGCACUGGACCGAUACUUGACAUGGGCUUCCGUCCUGGUAUGGAAUCUACGGGAAGAAAUCCAAUGCGGGGACACGAUGAGCAGCAUCAUCAUCAUCAAACUGGUUUGAGUGGAUCUCAUCAUUUCAUGAUGCAGGCGCCGCAGGGAAUGCAUAUGACACACACCCGGCCUUCUGAAUGGGGCAGAGGAGGCAACAGCGGUCAUGAUGGUAGAGGCGGUGGUGGGUAUGACUUAUCAGGACGGUUAGGACAUGAGUCGUCGGAGAAUGGGGAUUACGAGCAGCAAAUACCGGAUUAGUACCGAGCUUCCAGACACGUCUUUAGAUCCAAACUAGAAACCGAAGGCAAGCAAAGAAUCUGAAGUGAUGGAAGACUUAUAAGACAGAAACUUGUCCCAAGGGCUUUCAUCAGAGACAAGUUGAAUGAUGAUGCUUUUGUUCUUCGUGGUUCGGUGUACUAUAUACUCCACAGCCUUCUUUUCUUUCAGUAACGAUUCUGCUUCUCUUUCACAUCAUUCCUUUUUCUUUUACUCUUUUCUUUUCUUAUAUUCAUUUUUGAAAAUUACUGGUGAACCACUCUUUGUUCAUUCCCUCUUAAUUAGCCAAUCAAAAUACAAUAAAGUGUCAUGUCAUUGUUUA